AUGGUGACCGCCAUCGAAGUCAAUGCAAAAUUUGAAGCCUUUCGACUAGAAGCGAAAGUAGGCAAGAAAUCUAUGGAUGAAAGGUUGGACAACAUUGAAGAAAGACUUGAUUCCGGACUUGCAGUAAUAGAUGACAAAUUUGAUUCCAAAUUUACAAGCAAUAGAGUGUCAAUUGAAAGGCUUUUGAAAAUUGUUUUUGGCAAACAAUUUGCUAUCACAACAACCGAUAAGUCUUUCCCACAAACUCAUGGUGUUGUGGUUGUCCAAAAUAACCAACUAGCUAUAUUGCCCAUUCAAAAAGGGAGCAAAUCAACCUACAAGACACUAUUGUUGAUAUUACAAAAAAUCGAUGAUCUUGCUAAUGACGACAACGAGGAUACUUCUCCUUUAUCUAUUGUUAGACGUAUUCUUGUAGCCUCUAAAGUAGAAAAUGCUAAAAAUUAG